AUGGCGGACGACAAGAAAACGAAUGAGUAUACCAUCGAGAUGGAUAAGUUAGAUCACGGCAAUAAGGAUUUCGAGGCGCCGGCCCCUGCUGUUCGGCCCAGAGGUCCUCCAGUUGCGCAGCUUGCCAAUAAUCCCAUCCUGCCUGUACUGGCUUAUUGCGGUUCAUCUAUUUUGAUGACUGUCAUGAACAAAUAUGUCCUUUCCGGCAGGGAUUUCAAUCUCAAUUUCUUCCUCCUUUGCGUGCAGUCAAUUGUCUGUAUUGUGGCAAUUCAAACAUGCAAGGUUAGCAAACUGAUUACGUAUCGCGACUUCAAUUCGGACGAGGCCAAGAAGUGGUUUCCGAUCACUCUGCUUCUGAUAGGCAUGAUUUACACCGGCUCCAAGGCACUGCAAUAUCUAUCGAUCCCUGUGUACACCAUCUUCAAGAAUCUAACCAUCAUCCUAAUCGCCUACGGAGAGGUACUCUGGUUUGGCGGUUCGGUGACGGGCUUGACCCUCUUCUCCUUCGGACUUAUGGUCCUCAGUUCCAUCAUCGCCGCGUGGGCCGAUAUCAAGCAUGCAGUUGAAAGUAGUGGAGACGCUACUGCCAAGGUGUCGACUCUCAAUGCUGGCUAUAUCUGGAUGCUGAUCAACUGUCUCUGCACUUCGUCCUACGUCCUGGGAAUGCGCAAGCGAAUCAAGUUGACAAACUUCAAGGACUUUGACACCAUGUUCUACAACAAUCUUCUGUCAAUCCCUGUGCUUCUGGUUCUCACCUUCCUGAUGGAGGACUGGUCUUCGGCAAACAUCGCGCGCAAUUUCCCCUCUACUGAUCGCAACGGCAUCUUAUUUGCCAUGAUUCUCUCCGGUCUCUCGUCCGUGUUUAUUUCCUACACCUCUGCUUGGUGUGUCCGUGUGACUUCGUCGACAACCUAUUCCAUGGUCGGCGCUCUGAACAAGCUGCCCAUCGCACUCUCCGGCUUGAUCUUCUUCGAUGCUCCAGUCACUUUCCCGAGCGUUUCUGCUAUUGUUGUCGGUUUUAUCAGUGGCAUUGUUUACGCCGUUGCCAAGAUUAAGCAAAGUGCCAAGCCAAAGACUGGUGUGCUGCCAAUGUCGAACCCCCCCGUCAGUGCUAGCAGCCAGAGCAUGAGAGACUCUCUGCGCUCCUGA